AAAAAACAUCAAUCAAAGAUUAUACAUAAACGAGAGAAAUCCAAGAGAUACUCUCACUAUCUCUACUCUACUAUAUACUGAGGAGUAGAGUAUUCCUUUUCUUCUCCGCUUCUCACUUCUCACUUCUCACUCUCACUCAGCUAUGGAUACUUACGAGGCUACUAAGAUAGUGUUCUCCAGGAUUCAAAGCUUGGAUCCAGAAAACGCUUCGAAAAUCAUGGGUUAUAUACUGAUUCAAGACCAGGGAGAUGAGGAGAUGAUAAGAUUAGCCCAUGGCCCCGAUGCUUUCCUCUUUUCGCUCAUAAAUCAAGCUAAAGAUUGUUUGGGACUCUCGUGUUCUUCGCAUUCCACGCCUUCUUCUCCCUCGCCUUAUAGUCCCACUAAGUUUGGUCCUUUUCCCCAGAGUUCGCCCAGAAUCACGAUUCCCAACAAUGGGUUUCCGGCGUCUUCGCCGUCGUCGGUUUGGUCGGCGGGUUCGCCGGCGUUUCCGAGGAGCCCGCUCUCGUACGCGGCGGUGGUGAACGGCUCAACUAACCCCGCUUCUUCCGGGUCUUCCAGCUCGCCUUCUCACGGGUUUUACAAUGGGGACUCCGCCGCCGAUCAAUUGGCGUUUCUGGAUGAGCCGUUUGAGCCGAUAAUGAGCCCCACCGGCAAGAGCGAUUCGCUGAUCUUUCCCUACGAGGAAAGCCCCGACCAUCACCGCCGCCGCUGCUCCGUUUCCGAUGGGUUUCUCGGUGGAUCGGACGACGGCGGGGCGGGUUUACGGCCUUGCAUGUACUUUGGCCGGAAAAAUGGGUUUUCUGAGCCGGGAGAUGGGUCGGGUCCGGUUUUCGGUUCUCCUAACAAAAUCGAAGCUUCCUUCAAUGAGCUUGUCCGGAUGAAAGCUCUUCAGCAGCAACGAUUCGCCGCCGCCGCCGCCGGCGCUUCCUCGCCGUUCAUUGCUUCCGGCGGCCACCAUCCGUUCUCUUACAACAAAUGCAUGAACAUUUUGAACGAUAACCCAAGGUCUGCCCCGGCUGCUUUGAUGAUGGGUGAAGAUUUUCGGAAAUUUGGGCGGUGCAGGCCCGAGACUAAUGACUAUUCCGGGAUGGGUUUGGGUGGAUAUUCGAACUCUUGCUCGAGGCAGAUUUACUUGACGUUUCCUGCUGAUAGCACGUUUAGUGAAGAGGAUGUUUCGAAUUACUUUAGUUUGUAUGGGCCGGUGCAAGAUGUGAGGAUCCCGUAUCAGCAGAAACGAAUGUUUGGUUUUGUUACGUUUGUCUACCCUGAGACUGUGAAGCGCAUCUUGGCUAAAGGGAAUCCUCAUUUCGUUUGCGACUCUCGUGUGCUCGUUAAGCCCUACAAGGAAAAGGGGAAUAUCCCAGACAAAAAACAACAGCAUCAUAUGGAUAGAGCAAAGUUCGGGACAUGCUUAAGCCCGUCUGGUCUUGAUUCUUUGGAGCCCCAUGACCUUCCUUUUGGACCGAGAAUGUUCUAUAAUUCCCGGGAGGCGAUGCUCAGAAGGAAAUUAGAGCAGGAGGCUGAGUUGCAGCAGGCCAUUGAGCUUCAAGAAAGAAGGCUGAUGAAUAUACAACUCGUGGACCAGAAGAAUCAUCCGAAUUAUCAUCACUUCCAACCCGGCUCAUAUCCCGGUAUCCCGGUUCCUUCCGUGAGCAACCCGCUAUCGCAAAACAAUCAGGCUGUCAUCCUAGACGUCGCUGCCGACAAUGCGAAGCUGCCCUGGGAAGCGAGUGAGGUCCAAGAGAAUGACGGUGGAAAUGAAACUAGCAAGGAACAGGGCGCCAAUCACGAUGACCCUGAGCUAAACAAGAGCUUGGAAAACAUCCUUCCCGACAACCUUUUCGCUUUCCCUACAAAAUCCCCCGCUGAAAACCUCCCUCCUUCCCCCGCCCCAGCAAACGCCGAUGAUAGCUCCUCCUCAGACACACCUUCUAAUGACAUCCCCGCGCUCUCCGCUACCUCCACCCUCAACAUGGCGUCUCUUCAAUCAUGCGCCCUAAAGAUGCCAAAGUUGACUUCUGGCCAAGAGGCCAUCGAAGUGUAGGAAGUUCAUUCGAUCUGAUCGAUGGUUUCAAAGAAAGCUGACUUGUAUAUCCAUAACAGAAGAAAAGAUCUGCAAGGAAGAUCUGUUUCAAGACUGUUUCAUCAUCAUCAAUAGGAUAUUACUGGCAAGGAUACAUAAUGCAUAUGUAUAGGACAGAUGAAGUGGUUUAAGGGAGUAGGAUCCCUCUGUCUAUUUUGUACCCUCUUUUGUAGUUGUGUGUUGGACCACACACCAGAAUAGAGCAUCAUAACAAACAAAAACUCAGUAGUAGCCCUAGUAACUUUAUAUUGUCCUAUAAUGUUUAGUAUACUGUAUAAUUUAUAUUUACCCCCCUCCCUCCUUGCCA